UUCCUUGCAGUGUCGUGUACUUAAUUCAGUUGCUAAUUAAUAUAGUUCAACCCUCUUCAUUCAGAAGCUUUUAAUUCGUUUUAACUGUCACUUUACAUUUCUAAUAAUCUCUAAUUUUUGUCAUCUACUCCCUCCAUCCUUUAAAUGUUGCCCCAUUGCAUUUUUUAAUCUAAUAGUAUAGUCAUGUAGGCUCUUGUUAGACUCUUUUCGAUGUAUUUUUCCAGAAUAUCGACUUUUAAAAUUUUUACGGGUAUAAAAUUGGAGAUAUUUACGUUUUUAGCUGUAAGACCCCUAUCGCCUUCGUACGCUUGAGCUUUUUUAUACACUGGGUUUUAGACAUUGUCGUGGUAUUCCAGUUACAAACUUGCAUUUAAUUCUCGAGUCUCACCACCAUUUAUCACCCCCCUUUCUCAGUACUUUGUGGCUUUAUAGUCUUCUUAGCAGAAAUGCCAGAUGCCUUUUCACUGCUACUGAAUACACAAGUUAUUUUCUAAGGCGGCCAGCACAAUUAGAUGUUCGUCUGAUGUUCAACUUUUUAGUGCAGCUGUGUUUUCGGAAUGCUACAUUAAGUUUUUCGAUGCCCCUUCCAAGUCUGCAAUUGAAGAAGAUGAAGAAAUGUCCAAGUUGCUUCUUUCUCAGAAAAAGAAAAUGAGGCAAAAGCAGAGGAAGGCAGAAGCCCGAGCUAAGAAAGAGGAAGAAAGUAAGAAUGAGGAAACAAAAACAAGCAAUGCCUCAAAAUUUGGAAAAGAACAAGUCAAAGCAGUGGAUCCCGAUCCAAAUGGAGAGAAACUGUUGCAGUUUAGUUUGAUAUCCAUCCUCGAUUUGGAGGACUUUGCGCUCUGCAUUCAGUGUCCUUCUGAUGUGACACAGAAAGGAAGAAGUGCUGAAGCUCAAGUUGGGUUUGAGAGGCUACUGGGAGGUUUACAUGCAUAUCAAGAGUGCAAUAGAUGAUUCUUCAAAGUCGGAUAGAGAGGACGAGCCUUGUACAGACAAAUUCUAAGAGCUAUUUUAUAGUCGACAAUAUAAGGGUAAAGUUUUUUCUUUUGUUUUGUUUUGACCUUUGAUAGUUGUGAUUGGCCGUUCUAUUUAUUUACCACCAAAUUGUUUAAAGCUGAUGUAGUCCAAAUCUCACUUGAUCCUAAUUUCAUACUUUGCUUCAUUUUGUAGUGGUUUUCAUUAGGUCUGCUCUAUUUUGAUGGUGUGUUGUCCAUUAUCAAUGGUGUGUUCUAUUUCUCAUCAAAAGUAAGGACUCUAUUUUCAUGUAUACAAUCAAACUGUACACCAUUAUUUGUGAGACACUAGGUGUCUUCUAUUCGUGCAGCUUUUCACAUCUAGAAGACCUCGGCUGUUCUGUGACAGAAGUAAUUUCCAUUUUAUUUUAUAUGUCUGCUGAUUUGGAGAUUUUAGUUGGAUGGUUGAAUUGAAAAUAACCCUAUUGUUUAUCCCAUUUUCAAGUGUCAUUUCCUUCUUUUUUCGCUUGGGAUUCCAACUUACUAUGUAUUUGCUUCCUCUUUUGUGACUGUGAAGCAAAGAUUGAAAUAACCGCGGUAGCAGAAAUGAGGUCGUCAAUGAAUGAGGUGCUAAAAUAUUGUUAACCAUACAAAAUCAAAUAGGAAGUGAAGUGGAUGGCGCGGAGAUAUUCAUAUCAAACAAUUAGUCCAAAUCUCACUUGAUCCAAAUUCUUGCUAAUCUCACCUUGAUCCGAAUUCCUGCUAAUACAUGCUAUUUCACCACCAAGGGAGGAUAAUUUUGUUGCAUGGUAUAAACCAAUGCCAGUGUUUGAUCUUUACUUCUUUUGUUAUUAUACUUCUGUAAUUUUCAAUUCAUGAAGGUCGAUCGUAGCAAGAGAAAGACAAAGUCAGAAGAUAGGAUUGUACAUAAUUAUAAUACUCUAGCUAAUUGUAACUUCUGUUUAAUUA